CCGGUAAUCCACACUGCCUGACACUGCCUAGCCUAGGCCCUAGGGAGCCUGCCAACCAAAGCUCCAGCCAAGCCUCAAAACAUGGCGGCAAGCAAGGGGUGAGGCGGCAAUACCUAAACGGAUUUGCAGAUAGCAACCUUCUUUAGCGGUCAGUGUUGUUAGGUUGUAGGGCCGGCUGCUGUGGGCACCAUGGCGCUCGCCAAGGAUGGCCAACUGAACCUGGAAGCGGUCCCUUCCGAAGGGGUGCGCAGCAGCGAUUGCUUCACAAAACUGGAACAAAUUGGCGAAGGGACCUACGGACAAGUGUACAAAGCCCGGGACAAUGAGACCAGCGAGAUAGUGGCGUUGAAAAAGGUGCGGAUGGACAACGAGAAAGAAGGGUUCCCAAUCACAGCCAUUCGAGAGAUCAAGAUUUUGAAGAAGCUGAACGACGAUAACAUCGUGAAGCUCAAAGAAAUUGUCACUCAGAAAGACUCUGGCGCGCAGCAGAACAAGGCCAAGGGCAGCAUCUACAUGGUCUUUGAGUACAUGGACCAUGACCUCACUGGCCUCACUGACCGCAACGACGUCAAGUUUGCCCUGCCUCAGAUCAAGUGCUACCUCAAACAGCUAUUAACAGGCCUUCAUUUCUGCCACACUAACCAAGUCCUGCAUCGUGAUAUUAAGGGAUCGAAUCUGCUGAUUAACAACGAGGGCAUCUUGAAGUUAGCCGACUUCGGGCUGGCCCGCAACUUCAGCAGCGACAAGGACAACCCCGCCCCCCUCACCAACCGCGUCAUCACCCUCUGGUACAGGCCCCCUGAGUUGCUAUUGGGCGCCACCAAAUACGGGCCAGCCAUCGACAUGUGGUCCGUUGGUUGCAUCUUUGCGGAGCUGCUGUAUGGGAAGCCCAUCCUGCCAGGCAAGAACGAGGUGGACCAGUUCCAGCGCAUCAUGGAGCUGUGCGGGUCCCCCACGGAGGAGAACUGGCCCGGCUACCUGGAGCUGCCCUGGGCCAAGCAGUGGACCGACGCUGUGCCGCGCCGCCCCAGGAAGCUGCGACACACCUUCCGAAACUUCAGUCCGGACGCCCUAGAGCUGGUGGAGCGCCUCUUAACCCUGGACCCCGAAAAGCGUGGCACCGCCGCAGAAGCCCUGGACGCCGAAUUCUUCUGGACCCCACCCCUGCCAUGCGAUCCGAAAGAGCUGCCGCAGUACGAGGCCUCCCACGAGUACCAGACCAAGAAGCGGCGGCAGCAGGCGCGCCAGCAGCAGGACGAUGCGCGCCACCGCCCCGCGCCCGCCGCGCAGCAGGGCCAGCAUCCGCCCCACGCGCACCCCCCCGCCAGGGGCAGCCGGCCCCCAAGCAGCAGCACCCCGCGCAGCAGCACCCCCCCCCUUCGUACCACCCGCCGCAGUAUGGGCACCGGCCCAUGGCGCCUCCCCCUGUGUAUGCUGCCCCCGUCCCAGCCGCUUAUGCCGCCCCGGGCCAGUACUACACGGCUCCGCCCCAGCAAUAUGCCCAGCCGGCAUAUGCAGGGGCCGUAGUGUAUGGCCGGGGCGCUCCUGCAUACGGCCCUCCCGGCGCUGUCCAGCAGAUGCCCGGGGGCUACCCCCCUCAAGGAUACCCCGCAGUUCAGCCGGUGGCUCCAUUCAUGGAUAUCGACGGAAGUCAUGCGAACAUGGCACAAGGAUCAUAUUCGCACACAGGUAGCUAUCGACCUCCCAUGCAGCAGGAUAAUAGGAAUUAUCGACAACAACGAUGAUCAUCAAAGCUGUUCGAUUUUUUGUAAAAGUGGUCAAAUUGUACAGCAUACCAUCUGGGAUGUUGCCUUGUAAUUGAGUUUAUCAGCGCUUCGAAAUUAUCUGCCCGCCACAUUGGUCUCGCGCCC